AUGGCACACCACCAAGACAAAACGCAACAGCGAUCUUCCAUUAUUAAUAGUAGCCAAGGAAGCAACGGCAGUAGUAGCAAACGACGAUCGUCUUAUAUUCCCAAGUUUCUGGGGUUCAGCAGCAACGCCAGUCUCACAAGCAGUAGUAACAGUACCAUGAAGAAUAGCAAGUCCCUGGCGAAUAGCAAAUCCACACCGACACUCUCAUCUUCCGCCAAAAACGAAAAGAUGUUGAAGAAAAAGAGCAAGCAACCCAGCAGUCGAUCACUGUCUCCGAAACGACCAAACAUGAAGAUCUUUUCUGCCGCCAGUCUGCGCAACUUGAUGAGCGGAGGAUCGAGUACUUCCGGCGAUGACAACAAUAACAACAAGGACCGUCGUUCUCGUGACAACCGCAAGAAUGCUCCCGUCGUAGCUGCAACCACUACCGCCACCCCACCUGGUCUAAAACGCCGCAGCAUCCGUCCCUUGGUGAUGAGUGUCAAUUCGAGUAUUACCAUGAACUCCAGUUGGAGCAAUGGUCUCGAUUUGGAAGAAUUUGGAAUUACGGGAGAUGAACAAGGUUUGUUGCAGUCACGGUCCGACGGAUUGGAUGCCGCCCUUCCGCGUCCUGUGUUGCAACGCGAAGAGAGCAUGGACUCGGACAGCAAACCGCUGCGGCCACUGCGACGAUCGUCCAACGCGUCGCCCUUUCCAAUCGAUCCGUACCAUCAUUCUACGAAUCAUCAUCGACGCACGUCGCAUCAUCAUCAUCAUCAUCGUAACCAUAACCCUCAUUCCUCGUCCGUCACAUCCAACGGCACGAUGCAUUCCAGCAUUACCAUGACCGAUUUUGACAACAUUUUAGAAGGCAUUCCAUUGGCACAACCCAUGAUGGAACGGGGCAUUAGUAUGGAUUCCGAUUCCAAACCCUUGCGGCCGUAUCGACGACGCAGUUCCAGUACUACGGCCAUUUCCGCGUCACAAGCGAGUGGCAGUCGUCCCUUUCAAUCCUCGGCCACGUCCAUGGCAUCCAGUAUCACCAUGACCGAUUGGGAAUCCGACAUGAUGGACACGUCCGCACAACAGUUGUCAUUACUCCAAAGCACUACAGAACAUUCGUCCAAGACGACCAGUUCCGCCGUCACAUCCAAAUUGGCCAAACCCAAAUUGGUGCGCGGCGAAAGUCUCGAUAGUAAGGACUCCCAACCAAACCGACCGUAUCGACGCGAUUCCGAUUCCUCGUCCAAUCACAACAAUUCGGAUAUUCUAAAUGGCUGUGGACGACGGCACAGUCGCAAUCGGUGUCACAAUCAUCAUGGGACGGAUGUCGUUCCGAUUGUUCCACUCAUGAGACGACUCGAUACCAUAGUGUCGCUCGAUUGCCGACCGGUUCCUGGACGACAUCAUCCUGCACAUUCUGCUGCUGUACAAGAAGAAGAACAAAACAAUCAUUAUGACGACGAUGAAGGCUGCAGCUUUUGCGACGACAGCAAACCGUGUUGUCCCCAUCGCAAGGGUUCUCUCGUCGUCGCAACCAAUCGACAAGAAAUCAGUAUGGCCGACACGAGUUUGGACAGUCAGCCGAUUGCUCCGGGGCGACAAGAAAGUGGGGAAAUUUUGGAUGAUGCCAAUUUGGACAAUCAGCCCAUUGCGCCGGGACGACAAGAAAGUGCAGAGCUGUUGGAAACUACGAGUAGUAGUUUCGAUAGUCAACCUGUCGUGCCAGGACGACAAGCGAUGCUCGAUGCCAGUUACGACAGUCAACCCAUGGCGCCUGGACGACAAGAGAGUAUGGAAACUAUUACGGAGAUCGACACCAGUCUUCACAUUACGCAACUCAAAACACCACAAGAAGAUAGCACGGACUGCCAACCGGCCAAACCAGGACGACACGAAAGUUUAGUCAUUCCGGACAGCAAGCACAUUGACACCAGUCUUCAUGUGGCGGAUGUUCAAGAGGAAACGAGGAGAGCUACUAGCGGGGACAGUCAACCCGCCAAACCAGGAAGACAUGAAAGUGUCAUAAUGGACCACAGCAGCAACAACUACAACGUCAUUGACGCGAGUAUCCGAUUAGAUGCUGCUGUUGUAGCGAAAAGCUUGGACAGUCAGCCGGCAAUACCUGGACGACAUGAAAGUGUCGUCAUGGACCAAAGCAACAACUACAAUGUGGACGCGAGUAUGAGAUUAGAGUCUGUUGUCGAACCUAAAAGCUUGGAUAGUCAGCCCGCAAUGCCUGGACGACAUGAAAGUGUCGUCAUGGACCACAGCAACAACUACAACGUUGACACCAGCAUGAGAUUAGAGUCGGUUGUCGAACCAAGAAGCUUGGAUAGUCAGCCGGCCAUGCCUGGUCGACAUGAGAGCAUUGCCGCCAUUAUCGACAACAGCAAUAAUAUUGACAUGAGCAUGCGUCUCGAUGCUGCCGUAGCAAGAAGAAGACAAUGUGACAGCCAACCGGAAAUGCCUGGAAGACACGAGAGCAUGGCAAUUCUCAUGGACAAUAGCAACAACAUUGACAUGAGCAUGAGAUUGGAUGCUGCUUUGGCAAGGAGAACGUUUUUGGACAGCCCGGAACAAAAGGAGGGCGCGGCGAUCCUGGACAAUGGCAAUAACAUUGACAUGAGUGCGCGUCUGGAUGCUGCUUUGGCGAGAAGACGACAUUGUGACAGUCAGCCUGACAUGCCUGGACGGCACGAGAGCGUGGCUGUCCUCGACUACUGCGACUUGGACAGCCAACCGAUUGUACCAGGACGACAACAGAGUUUGGACACGCUAGGUGGCAGCGACAACAACAACAACAACGUGGACGUUCAGACUCGUUGUGUUAAUCAUGACGGAAAGGAAGAAAAACAGAGUGAGAGUCAUUUGAUCCUCGACUACGACGACGAUCAAAGCAAGCACGAAAGCGCAGAUAUCGAUCACGCGGUUGAGGUUGACACUACAACAAGACCAAUCAUUGCCACCACGUCACCUGAUGCCGCGGAAACUCAGAUCGGCAUCCCAACAAGUAUGAUCAAUCAAGUCGUGGAGAAUGGCCCUAUCGAAGAAGAACCGCACGAGAAUCAGGAUGUGGUGAAGACGCUGGAGCACGAUGCUGCUUGUCGUACGACCACCUGUCUCGUGGACGCCACCAUGAUGAGUGUAGCUACCCUCGAGCUUCGCAGUGCCUAA